UGAUGAUGGAAAUAUGGAGGGAGCACAGUUUCCCAACCAUUAUUCUAACUGAAUUUCCCACCAAAACUCUCUCUACUUCUUCUGCAACCAUCACUCUUCUCACCCUACACCAAGAAAAUCCAAGCAGCAAUGCCGGAAAGAUUCUCCACCACAUUUCUUAUUCCCUUCGCAAUCCUCAUCUCUCUGCCCCUAUCACAUUCUCAACAAAGUACCAUCACCGAUUCCGAUUUAUUCAAUCGAUUUUUUUAUUUUUUUUUUCUGAUUUGGGGGUUGUGUGUUGCAGGUCCGGCGUAUUUGGGGGUGGUGUCGAACGCCACCGAAUUUCCGGCGGAAGACUACUAUGACUACAUAAUUGUAGGCGGCGGCACAGCUGGCUGCCCACUGGCGGCGACGCUUUCGGAAGGGUUUAGGGUUCUCGUUCUGGAAAGGGGGGGAAUUCCGUUUGGUCUCCCAAAUCUGAUGAGCCGCGACGGUUUCCUCACAACUUUAAUGGAAGUCGAUGCCCACGACUCCCCUGCUCAAGCCUUCACCUCCGAAGACGGAGUUCCCAACGCCAGAGGCAGAGUUCUCGGCGGAAGCAGCGCAAUCAACGCCGGUUUCUACAGCAGAGCCAAUUUUGAUUUCUACGCCAAAUCGGGGAUCGAUUGGGAUCUUCAAUUGGUGAAUCAAUCUUACGAAUGGAUUGAAAAGGCGAUCGUGUUCAGGCCGGAGCUGAGGAUUUGGCAAUCCGCCGUUCGCGAUGCGUUGUUGGAGGCUGGAAUUGAUCCCUACCACGGCUUCAGUCUGGAUCACCGCGUCGGCACAAAGAUCGGCGGCUCCACCUUCGACAGCUCCGGCACAAGGCACAGCGCCGCCGACCUCCUCAGCUACGCCAAUCCCCGCAACCUCAAGGUGGUGGUGCAAGCUAGCGUGGAGAGGAUUCUGGUUGCACCUAGUCCAUCAGCGAAGCAGACCGCGAUUGGAGUCGUUUUCCGCGACCGGGAUGGGGGCUUUCACCACGCGAUGGUGCGUGAGAGCGGCGAGGUGUUGCUCUGUGCAGGGGCUCUGGGAAGCCCUCAGCUGCUGCUGCUGAGCGGCAUUGGGCCACGGCCCUAUCUUGCAUCUUCGGGGAUCCCGGUUGCGCUGCAUUCUCCUUACGUUGGGCGGUUCUUGUAUGAUAACCCGAGAAAUGGGAUCUCGAUCGUGCCACCAGUGCCUUUAGACCAUUCUCUGAUUCAAGUCGUUGGCAUCACCAGCUCUGGUGCUUAUCUCGAAGCAGCAUCCAAUAUUGUGCCCUUCCUCUCCCCUGCUCGUCCCGUCUUCAUAAGGCCGGCUAGCUCGUCUUAUGUCACAGUCGCCACUCUAAUGGAGAAGAUAGCCGGCCCCCUUUCCGCAGGCUCUCUGAGGCUGGCUUCCACGGAUGUGAGGACGAAUCCCGUUGUUCGCUUCAACUACUUCAGCAACCCCACUGAUCUCGAGCUCUGCAUAAAUGGCACGAGGAGGAUUGGCCAUGUGCUGAAUAUGCGUGCCAUGGAUAGGUUCAAGGUGCAGCAGUGGUUCGGAGGGAGGGGGUUUAGGUACGUGGGAACACCACUGCCGCGUGAUCUGCUUAGCCACGAGGCGAUGGGGGAGUUCUGCAGGCGGACGGUGAGCACUAUAUGGCACUACCAUGGCGGCUGCCUCGUGGGGAAGGUGGUGGAUGCGAAUCUCAAAGUGGUCGGCAUUGAUGGCCUUAGAGUUGUCGAUGGUUCCACGCUUACCGUCUCGCCUGGAACCAACCCUCAGGCUACACUUCUCAUGAUGGGAAGACAUUUUGGCAUGAAGCUGCUUAGAGAAAGAGAGAACAAACGAGAGACAAGUUCAAGGUAGAGUGGAUGCAGCAAAUGCAAUCUUAAAAAAAGAGUGUUUGUUUUGUAAAUGUAGGUAGCAUCAUCAUGUGUAGGAGUAGGAUAAGAAGCACAUAUACUUUUUAUUUUGCUUCAUUCUUUCAAGGUCAAAGUGAGAAUGGGAAAUUAAAUGAAUUCA